UCUUGGGGUAAUUAGCAAAUUUCACCUGUUUCUUUGUGCUACACACAGUCAGCAACUGGCUGGAACUUAAGACUUAGUUCCUGCCCUGCAACAGUUUACCACUGAGUAGAAGAGACAAUACAGUAAAUAAAUAUGUGAAAUCCUGUGUGUUAGAUGCUCUAAUAAAGGACUGGAAAGGUUUUGUAAAAAGAAAGAAUUUCCCUGGUUAAGGGGGUGGAGGAGAGACCAUCUCAGACAGAAGUAACAGCCUGAGAUGUGUUACUAGUUAUUAAAGUUGGUUUGACACCCUGGAAUAUCAGAAUUCCAGGCUGGGAGCAGCGGGAAGGCAGGACCAGCCUGCAAAGCUUUGAAUUUCUUGCCAAGGAUUUUAGAUAUUAUCUGGAAGCCAGUGUUGGUCCCUUGGAAGAGAUGAUUAAUACUUGAACUUGAAGAUACCACCUGUUUGAAGACUGCAGAGAAGUCAGUUGUGAGACCCUGAGAGGAGUUCAAGCACCGUGAUGGGAGGCAAAGAGGCAGGAAUUAGAAGAGUAACUUGGUUUCACAGCCAUUUUGUAUUCUUAGUUUUCUUCCAGAGAUCAGGUAGGUUAUUUUGUUUGUUUGUUUUGUUAUUUUAAAGCGUUAGUGGGUCCGUAGAGUUUCUGAAAAUUCUUUCAGUUCAUCUCUGGGCUCCCGAAAGCUCAAAAUGGUUAAACACCAAUCUCUGCUUAAUGGGGUUGCUGUAAACAAAGCCCAAAGUGAAACCCCUGUGUAUUCUCUGCAGAUUCCCAGGUGCCUCUCAAGUACAGAAAUAAGUGCAGAAAUGGUUUAAUAGGUUUAUUAAAUAAUCUUUUAAAAGUUUCACGUGCUACUUGUGUCGCAUUAGGACAAGUGUCUGACACUACUGUAUUUAAUACUUCUGAGAAGAGGAUGCACCCUAGUAUUUAGAUCCCUCUUGGAUGUUUGGGCAGAAGAAUUUUGUCAGGACAGACAUAAGCUCACAGAGCUGCAUAAAGGAUCGUCAAUCAGAAGACACCAAGCUAUUUUAUAUUCCCCGAUGUUUUAAGAAAAAUAUUCUUCAAACUGAAGAGUGAAAUAUCUUGCAGGGGUUACUGUUGGACUACUGCCCAGAAGAAAAGAUGUUUGGUUUUCACAAGCCAAAGAUGUACCGAAGUAUAGAAGGCUGCUGUAUUUGCAGAGCUAAGUCCUCCAGUUCUCGAUUCACUGACAGUAAACGUUACGAAAAGGACUUCCAGAGCUGUUUUGGGUUGCAUGAGACUCGUUCAGGAGACAUCUGUAAUGCCUGUGUCCUGCUUGUGAAAAGAUGGAAGAAAUUGCCAGCAGGAUCAAAAAAAAACUGGAAUCAUGUGGUAGAUGCAAGGGCAGGACCCAGUCUAAAGACUACACUGAAACCAAAGAAAGUGAAAACUCUAUCUGGAAACAGGAUAAAAAGCAACCAGAUCAGCAAACUGCAGAAGGAAUUUAAACGUCACAAUUCCGAUGCUCACAGUACCACCUCAAGUGCCUCCCCAGCUCAGUCUCCUUGUUACAGUAACCAGUCAGAUGAUGGCUCAGACACAGAGAUGGCGUCAGGCUCUAACAGGACGCCUGUUUUUUCCUUUUUAGAUCUCACAUACUGGAAAAGACAGAAAAUAUGUUGUGGGAUUAUCUAUAAAGGCCGUUUUGGGGAGGUCCUCAUUGACACACACCUCUUCAAGCCUUGCUGCAGCAAUAAGAAGGCAGCUGCCGAGAAGCCGGAGGAGCAGGGGCCGGAGCCUCUGCCCAUCUCCACUCAGGAGUGGUGACUGAGGGUUAUGUAGAAGGGGAACAAAAAAUGAUUUACAUUUUAGGGGGAAAAAAACCCACAGUGACAAAAUGACCCUCCUAUUUUUACCUUGGUUACCUGCUAUUCUGCCAAAAGACAAUUUCUAGAAUAGUUCUGAAUGGGUUAUUUUUCCUUCAUCUUUACAAGCUCCACAAACUAUGAAGCCAGUGUCUAGCUAACUAAAAAAAAGACAUGUACAUAAUAUUUAAGAUGCUGAGUAUUUCAUAGGAAAGCUGAAUGCUGCUGUAAAGUGCUCUUUAAGUCUUUUUCUUUUAAAUCCCCUUCUAAUGAAUGAAACUAGGGGAAUUUCAGGGGACUGAGAUGGGAUUUGUUGUAUGAUAAACGUACGUAGUUUUAGUCUUUCUAUAUUGAGAAGCAGUGGUUGGGGCAUUUUUAAAGACAGCUGACUACACUUAGUUUCUUCAUGAUAAUAAAUUUGUCAUAACUCAGUAACCUGGACUUGCCCCUAGAGGUAGUUGUUAAUAAUUUUGAAAUAUUAAGGUCUGGCCAAGGUUCUGAUGAUUCAAACCUAUACUACUGAAUAUUAAGCAGGACAGACUAGCUCUCUGCAAAUACCUUGAAGGAGUAAUUUCUAAUUAUACAAAGAGGUAACUGGACUGUAUAUGUUGUAUCCUGUGUCACCUCCCUCAUACUGAUAUUUGAUGAAGAUUUUAAUUUAUAUGAAACUUCUAAAGCAGAAUCAAAGCUCCUCUUGGGGAAAUGUCAAGUCUUUAGGAUGAAUAGUCUUACAUGAAUAGUACCAAAGCUUUACCACAUGAUAGAGAACACACUCUAUUAAAAAUGUUAAAUUACCUGAAGAAUAAAAUGUGCAAGCCUGUGGGAUGGCAUAAAAAUAACAAAGAAUAAUGCUUCUUGGGGCACAUUUCUUAGAGGGCUUGCCGAGUGUGUAAAUAAUUGACUUUUGUUUGUUACAUGACUGGUGACUUCAUUGAAAAUCUCCACAAUUCAGUUUUAGCUCUGGAUUACUUCAGUUGACCUUUGUGAAGGUUUUUUCUGUGUAGAGUGUUCAACUUCUAAUCUAUUAGGGCUUUGGGGUUUUUUUCACUAUGUUAAAGUAAAAUUCUAAUAAAAGAAAGAGGUGUGUUAAUGCUGAGUGGGUUCGUUUUGGUUUGGCUUCUUUUAGUCAAGCUUUCUGAACACUGAGAUGUUAGAUGAUAAAUCCUGAACGUGAGGCCCUUCAAUUCUAAGAUCUUUAUUAAAAGCCUGCUACUGGAACCCAAACCAAAGUAUGUUCAUUGCCUCUUUUCUCAAAAGUUCAUGAAAUAUAGUACCAGUUCACACUUUUACUAACAAGGAAGGAUCAUUUGCCUACCUUAUAAUGAAAUGACUCAGUGCUUAUUUUUAAAGUUGGAUUUAAAAAAUUGGAUAGUAUAAAUAACAAUAAAGGAGUGAGCCACUUUUUAUGGGCACCCUGUAGUUUUAUAGUUUUUAAUCUAAACUUAAAAUUUUAUAUUCCUUUUGGAAGAAACUACAAGCCACCGUGUGUACAGACUCAACAGUGAGUUGGGUCAGCUCUCCCACAGCCUUUAAGGUGUAUGACAAGAGUCUCAGCCAUGUUCUCAUCUUCCUGAGGUAUUUUGAAAUGGUUCCUUUUUUUUUUUUUUUU